AUGAAUCGCACUGAAGGCUUGGUGCAACGAAAACACGUCGUCAAAGAAAACUCCGAUGGUUCUUUGAAAGAAAAUCAGGAUGCAGAUGAUAAGAAAAAUGAUAAAAUAUUUGAUGACGGUGAUUCAAAGGAACCGCGAUUAACAUUGAUGGAAGAAGUUUUACUUUUAGGACUAAAGGAUAAAGAAGGUUAUACAUCAUUUUGGAAUGACUGUAUUUCUAGUGGACUUAGAGGUUGCAUUUUGAUCGAAUUGGCAUUAAGAGGUCGCAUAGAAUUAGAAAGAAUUGGUAUGAGGCGUAAAGGUUUAUUGUCAAGAAAAGUUAUUGUAAAAAGUGACACACCUACAGGUGAUGUACUAUUAGAUGAAGCCUUAAAACACAUGAAGGACACCGACCCCCCAGAAACAGUACAAAGCUGGAUAGAAUACCUCAGUGGAGAAACAUGGAAUCCAAUGAAGCUGAAAUAUCAAUUGAAAAACGUCAGAGAAAGGCUUGCCAAAAACCUAGUUGAGAAAGGGGUUUUAACAACUGAAAAGCAAAAUUUCUUAUUAUUUGAUAUGACAACUCACCCGCUCACAGACAAUGGCAUCAAAGGCCGCUUAGUUAAAAAGGUACAAGAAGCGGCACUGCGUCGCUCAAUAACAGACGUGGCUCAUGCGGACAAAAGAUCGCUCGCGCUCUUAAUGCUUACACAUUCCGCUGACGUACUCGAAAACGCGUUUGGACCACUCUCAGAUGAAGACUACGAACUAGCCACGCGGCGUGUACGCGCAUUGUUAGAUCUAGACUUUGAGGCUGAAGCUAUGCGCCCAGAAGCCUGCGAUAUCAUGUGGGCAGUGUUCGCCGCGUUCACCAAAUAG